CUGCUGCCGCUGCUCCAGCUGCGUGUGUGUGUGUGUAAACAGGAUGGUGUAUCUGUAGCUGCCACGCGCAAACACACAUUUGACCAUGAGGACUCUUCGCAGGUUGAAGUUCAUGAGUUCGCCCAGCCUCAGUGAUCUGGGCAAGAGAGAGCAGGCAGCCUUGGAUGAGCGGGGGACCCAGCAGCGACGGGCCUGCUCCAACGCUACCUGGAACAGUAUCCACAAUGGAGUAAUAGCAGUGUUCCAGCGUAAGGGUCUCCCAGACCAUGAACUUUACAACCUCAACGAAGGAGUCAGGCAAUUAUUGAAAACAGAACUGGGAUCCUUUUUCACUGAAUAUCUACAGAAUCAGCUGCUCACAAAAGGCAUGGUGAUCCUAAGGGACAAGAUCCGGUUUUAUGAAGGGCAGAAACUACUGGAUACCUUAGCCGAAACCUGGGAUUUUUUCUUCAGUGAUGUCCUGCCCAUGCUUCAGGCUAUUUUCUAUCCUGUGCAGGGGAAGGAGCCCUCGGUUCGGCAGCUGGCUCUUCUGCACUUUAGGAAUAUAAUUACCCUCAACAUUAAAUUGGAAGAUGCAUUGUCGCGUUCCAGAGCCAGAGUUCCACCUUCUAUUAUUCAGAUGCUGUUAAUACUCCAGGGGGUUCACGAGUCGAAAGGUGUGACUGAAGAUUAUUUGAAACUGGAGUCCCUGAUCCAGAAAGUCGUUUCUCCUUACUUGGGCACAUAUGGUCUGUAUUCCAGUGACGGACCCUUCACGCACUCUUCCUGUAUCUUGGAGAAGCGGUUCUUCAGGCGUUCAAAAUCGGGUGACAUCCUCGCCAAGAACCCUGUGGUGCGAUCAAAAAGCUACAACAAUCCACUGCUGACGCCAGUGGCCGAGUAUGAAACCGAGGGCAUGGCUGCCAAUGGAACAGGCAUCCGAAGGCACUCCGUUUCAGAAAUGACCUCCUGCCUGGAGCUCCAGGGGUACUCCAACCUCACCACCAUCAUGGACAACGGUUCCAAGAGCUCCAUGACAACCACGAAAAGCUCGCUGUCAGGAGACCAGGAGAGGCCAAGCACCGGCUCAGUGCAAUGCUCGAGCAAACUCAGCACAGUUGAGCAACAGAAAGGACUCUUCCACUCGAUGGACGACCCUCAUAGGUCUUUUGAGCUGGACAGGGACCCUUCCUUGAUUCCAGUUCCCUCUUCCAGCCCUGAGAACAUAGUGGAUCAGAUUUUGGAGUCGAUCGACUCUGAUUCUGAAGGCAUUUUUAUUGAUUUUGGCCGAGGCUGUUCCAAUUCAUCAGCGUACAACGUGGACGUGAACAGACAGAGCAUCAUGUGAAGGACAUUGGGAGACAAACCUUGGAUUUUAAUAUUAUAUGUGAAAGUUACUAAUGCAUUGAGUCAGAUUUACGGGCAAGCUAUAUAUGUCUAGGGCAGAACCUCUGCUGUAGGUCAUCACAGCUGUACUGAAGUACACGAACACAAGUUUGCAGUAGGUAGGAAUCUGCUGCAAAGGGGAAGAAACUCCAGCCACUUCUCCCUGUCCCUGUCACUCUGCAGCCAGAUUUCCUGUUGUCCUUAUAAACUUAGGGGUUCACAAGCUGACAGGUGUCUGGCAGAAUGCUGUUAGUGCAGCUGGCACUGUUCCUUCAGUAAAACAGCCUGGCAAACAGCUGCGUUCACUUUUAAUUUUCUCAAGAGAUUUCCUGUAGACAGCAGGUUGUUCUCUGAACUGUAACACCUCAGCCAGAGUGAGAACGUAUCCUUUUUUUUUUUUAAAAAAAAAAAAAGACCAAAAAACCCCAAAAGCUGUGGGCCUUUGGGCCACAGAAUACAGUGAUAAAGAAGUCUUUUAAUCUUUUUCUUGUACAUCUUGUAUGCACUUCUUUGCCUAAUGGUGAGUUAGAGUUCUUGAGGAAAGGCAAAUAAAACAGAAGUGUGCUACC